GACCGACGGAGACAGUUCACAGUUCUGUUUUGCGUCAUUUUUGUUGUCCGUUUUAAGAUUGAGUCACAUUUCGGAAAGUAAUCAACACAAAGGAGCGAAGUAAUGGAGACAAUAUUCGGUGUUUCAAGCUUUGAUUGGAUAGACAGCAGAAGUAUUUUACUAUUUUUCUUAGUUUUCUUGCUACUGAGCGAUUUUUUGAAGAACAGGGUGCCAUCAAACUUCCCCCCCGGGCCGUGGUCUCUUCCCUUCAUCGGUGACCUGCAUCGGAUCAAACCCAGCAGACUCCACCUGCAGCUCACAGAGCUUGCAGGGAAAUAUGGAAACGUUUUUAGCCUGCGUCUGUUUGGUGGUAGGAUUGUGGUCAUCAAUGGCUACAAACUUGUGAGAGACGCCCUGGUCCAACAAGGAGAAGACUUCAGCGAUCGUCCCAUAGUUCCAGUGUUCCAUGAAAUGGUUGGUAAUAAAGGUAUCGUGAUUUCUAACGGUCAUAAAUGGAAGCAGCAGCGGAGAUUUGCCCUUCAUACACUCAGAAACUUUGGUCUGGGAAAGAAGACGAUGGAGCAAUCCAUUCAGCAGGAGUGCUACUAUCUCACAGAAGCUUUGGCAGAUCAGCAAGGCCAGCCUUUUAACUCCCAGACACUGAUAAACAGUGCAGUAUCUAACAUCAUCUGCUGUUUGGUGUUUGGACGUCGCUACGAGUACACUGACCAGCAGUACCACUCCAUUCUUCAGGACUUCAGCGACCUGGUUUACUUAGAAGGAAGUGUGUGGGCACAGAUUUACAACGUAAUGCCCUGGCUGAUGAAGAGGCUGCCUGGACCUCAUCAGAGGUUGUUCACUUUAACGCAAAGGCUAAUCGGCUACAUUGAAAUAAAGGUGAAAGAACACAGAGAGAACCUUGAUCCUUCAUCACCUAGAGACUACAUCGACUCCUUCCUUAUAGAAAUGGAAGAGAAUCAGGACGAAGAUGCUGGCUUUGAUAUCAACAAUUUGUGUUAUUGCACUCUCGACCUCUUUGGUGCUGGAACUGAAACCACCACUACUACAUUAAACUGGGGAAUGCUGUACAUGAUCUACUAUCCUGACAUACAAGAGAGAGUCCAGGCUGAGAUAGAUGCCGUGAUUGGUUCCUCCAGACAGCCCUCGGUGUCUGACAGAGAAAACCUGCCCUACACCAACGCAGUCAUCCACGAGAUCCAGAGAAUGGGCAACAUCCUCCCCCUCAAUGUGGCUCACAUGACAAGCAAGGACACAACCCUGGAUGGAUACUUGGUCCCAAAGGGCACCAUGGUCCUGCCAACACUGGACUCUGUCCUACAUGAUGAGUCGAUGUGGGAAACCCCGCACACCUUCAACCCUCAACACUUUCUGGACCAGGAUGGUAAAUUUAGGAAGAGAGAAGCUUUCCUACCUUUCUCUGCAGGAAAGCGUGUGUGUCUCGGGGAGCAGCUGGCCAGGAUGGAGUUGUUCCUCUUUUUCACCGCCCUCCUUCAGAGGUUUUCAUUCUCGCCUCCUGCUGGAGAGCAGCCCAGUCUGGAGUUCAAGCUGGGAGGCACUCAUUGUCCCAAACCUUACCGCCUCUGUGCUGCACCACGUUAAGACGUCAACCACCCCAAACCGAGCUCAGUAUGCAUCUGUAUUCCUCCCCAUUUAUAUGGCAUUGUUCUGUUUUAUAUUAGUCUUUUUCUAUAGUAUUAACAUAACUUUGGAUUUUCAGUUCUGUAUUAUUUGACCAAAGUAAUGCUCUGUAUUCCAACAUGCAAUAAAGAGGAGAAAUCAAUAGUAGUUAUGUUUCUGCAGAGUGUAUGUGUGUGUUAUUGUUUGUCUGUUCAUGGCCUGCAAUCAGCUGGUGUCAAGUGUUCACCAGCUGAGAAGACUCGAGCAGGUCGGUGUGAUCCAAAAUGUGAGAAAGCAACUUUAGGUGAUGGAUGGAUGGUUAGUACUGCGUGUUAUUGACAAUUGUAAAACGUGUGUGCGUGUGUGUAUUUGUUGUGGGUUUUAGUCUGAAGUGGCUGGUGUAGUAAAAUAGUUAAGAAAAAAAAUGUACUAGAGGAGUCUGUUCUGUUUCACUGUUUGAAAAUGUUAUUUUGAAACUAAAGUGGAUUCUCAGUUUAUGUGAAGCUUGUGUAGAGGAAAUGAUAAAACUGGGGCUUUCAGCAAAGUUUUAAUCAUCUGCCCUAUUUGCAAAAUUUCUACCACACAAAUUUAAAAAAAAGUCACUAUCUCAUGUUAUUCACCUAAGCUUAACCUUUAGUUCUUAAUAUUUAAGGGGAGUAAUUCUGAAAAUCAUCAGCCGUUAGUCUUGAGUUCUCUUUGAUCUUGACAUCAGCCUGUGUAUGUCACACAUUUGGGUUUUCCCAGAAAGCUUUUGAGGUUACAAGUGGAAAAUAACUUGUGAGAUAAAGUCACAAAAGCAACGGAAGCUUCAGAAAUGUUCACAUUCCCUCAAACCAUCUGACUCUGAAACUACAAUCAACUCAAAUGGAAAAGAGAAAAAUCGU